AUGACAAAGGGACAACCUCCGCAGAGAGAUCGGGCAUGGACACCUUUGCAGAACAGAAGAGAGUCAAACACAAAAAUGAAACUCACAAGGUGUGGAAAGAUUACCCUGGGUAUCUUAAUAAUGGUGAUUGCCACAGUAAUAAUCGGACUCAUUGUUUAUUUCGUGACUUAUGGGAAGACACCUUUCUACUAUCACAUCAGCUUUAAAGUCAAUAAUAUUGACUAUAACAGCGAGUUUGAAAAGUCAUAUUCACAAGAAUAUAUGGACAUAAAUAAAAAGACACAGUCUUUGAUAAAUGAAACAUUUCAUGGAUCCAAACUGAGAAAACAGUAUGUCAGAUCUCAUAUUGUCCAAGUAAGCAAAGCCAAAGGGAAAGUGGUAAUACAUGCUGUGCUAAAGUUUAUAUCCUGUUUUAAAAAUAAAGCAGCAAAAUUUCAGGAAAUGAUCAAAAACAUUUUACAACAGAAGCUAAAUGGUGAAACUGGGUCUUUGCAUGUAGACUCUUCUUCAUUUAAAAUUUCAGACAUGGAAAUGCCAACAGCAGAAAAUCUUCUCAAUACCUGUUGUGGACAACGCACAAUAACUUCCUAUGGCUACAAGAUAACAGGGGGCAUGGAUGCCAAGGAAGGGGAAUGGCCCUGGCAAGCUAGCCUUCAACAGAACGGUGUCCACCGAUGUGGAGCCACUCUGAUUAGUAACAGCUGGCUUGUCACUGCUGCGCACUGUUUUAUAAAGGCCAAUGAUCCCAAAGAAUGGACUGUUAGUUUUGGGCUUCUUUUAAGUGAUCCUCAAACACAGCGAAGUGUCAAGAGUAUUAUAAUUCAUGAAGAUUACCAUUACCCUGCACAUGAUAAUGACAUUGCUGUUGUGAAUCUGUCUUCACCAGUAUUAUAUACAAACAACAUUCGAAGAGCAUGUCUUCCAGAAGCUACCUAUACAUUCCCACCCAAUUCAGAUGUGGUAAUCACUGGAUGGGGAACAUUAGCGACUGAUGGAACAAAUCCUAAUAUACUCCAAAAAGGAACAGUAAAAAUUAUAGAUAAUAAUACCUGCAACAGGGAAGAGGUAUAUAGUGGUGUGAUCAAACCUGGAAUGUUGUGUGCUGGGUUUCUAGAGGGAAGAGUGGAUGCCUGCCAGGGUGACUCUGGCGGACCUCUGGUUAGUGCAGAUCAUAGAGGCACUUGGUUCCUUGCUGGUAUUGUAAGCUGGGGAGAUAAAUGUGCCCUUCCAAACAAGCCUGGUGUCUACACCCGAGUGACAUACUAUCGAGACUGGAUCAAAUCUAAAACUGGUCUCUAA